AUGAUUUUCGAAUUUUAUCCAAGGUUGUCACAAAAUUUUUCUCAAUUAUUUGAUGAUGCAGAUGAUUUUAAUGUUAUUCUUAAAAUUGGUGAAAAUUCGGAUACUAAAGAAUUUCGUGCUCACUCUAUUAUCUUGAGAGCUCGUUCUUCUUAUUUUAAAAGAGCUCUUUCUCAGGAUUGGGCUACAAUAGAAAAUAAUAUAUUUACUUUUACCAAACAAAAUAUUUCUCCUAUUAUAUUUGAAAUGAUUAUUAGAUAUAUGUAUACUGGUAUUCUUGAUUUGAAAGAAAAGGAUAUCUCAGACGUUCUUAAUCUUCUUGUGGCAUCUGAUGAAUUACUCAUUGAUGAAUUGGUUACUUUUAUACAAAAUUACUUGAUUGAAAAUCAAAUUGAAUGGUUAAUAAAUAAUUACGUCAAGGUUAUUCACACAAUAUUUAAAUUAGAAAGUUGCAAACAUCUUCUAGAUUAUUGCUUAGAAUCUAUCUGCAAUGAUCCAGAACCUUUUUUUAAUUCUCCAGAAUUUCUAACAUUAGAAAAAAAUAUUUUACUUGAAUUAAUUAAACGUGAUGAUUUACAAAUUGAUGAAAUUGAAUCGUGGAAUAACAUCAUUAAAUGGGGAAUUGCUCAAACUUCGGAAUUGGAUAAUAAGAAUAUAACCGAUUUAGAUAAGUGGAACAAAGAAGAUUUUAUAUCUUUAAAGAAUACUUUAGACCCAUUUAUCACUCAUAUCAGGUUUUUUGAUAUUUCCUCAAAAGAUUUUCAUAAUAAGAUUCGGCCUAUUAAAAAAGUGUUACCUAAAACACUCUUCGAAGAUAUUCUAUCAUUUUAUUUGACUGAGAUUCAACCAGAAAAUAGUUUACCUCCUCGUUGUGGAAAAGUUACCAUCGAUUCAAUAAUCAUUAAAUCAAAUCAUGCCGCCAUCCUUGCUAAUUGGACUCAAAGAAACGAUGCUAAUGCAAGAAUUCCAAAGGAUAAAUAUAACUUUGACCUCAUUUAUCGUGGAAGUAGAGAUGGGUUUAGUAUUACCACCAUGCGUAAUAAAUGUAAUAGAAAAGGAGUAACUAUUUUAGUUAUUAAAGUCAGAGAAAACGGAAUUAUAAUUGGUGGUUAUAAUCCUUUUGGUUGGAAUUAUAGUGAUGGGAAAAAUUUUAAGAAAGUUAAGAUUAGUCGAGUUACCAAUGGAAAAAAUGCAAUAUACGAAUCUGAUAGUAGAAAUAUUGCUUUAAACUUUGGUAAUGGCGAUUUAGUUAUUAACGGAACAAAUGGUACAUGUAAUCAAAAAAAUUAUGAAAAUUUUCAUAGUAAUAUUCGACCUUUUAAGAAAGCGUUACCCAAAGCUCUUUUUAAGAAUAUUGUAUCAUUCUAUUUGACCGAAAUUCAACCUGAAAAUAUAUUACCUCCUCGUCAUGGAAUAAUUUCUAUUGAUUCAAUGAUUAUUAAACCAAAAUAUAUGCCGACAUUUUUGCUAGUUGGAUUCAAAGGAAUGAUGUUAAUGCAAGUAUUCCAAGAAACAAAUAUAAUUUAUCGUGGAAGUAGAGAUAGCUUUGAUAUUGUCACAAUUCGUAGUAAAUGUUUUGGACAAGAAGCGUGUAUUUUAUUUAUCAAAGCCAAAAAAAAAAAAAUGGAAAUAUAA